AUGCUGCCAACAGACACUUCUGUCAGCGCAACCACAACACUUCGCGACCAAGGAUCGCAUGCGCAAGGGAGCGUCGACGAGAACACAACAAAGCUGGAAGAUACUCCACAGACCGCAACGACAGCCACCAACGACGGUACUCAAGCGCAGCCUAGUGAGCCGCGAAAGAGCACAGAUACCGCGCCACGGGAGAACACAACUGUCGCCGAGACAGAAAAGGAAAAAGGUGGAUUGGAGGUUACUGGAAAAGAAGAUGGUGAUGCCGAAGAUGAAGUCGAAGACGAGUCCAAAUACUUGACCGGCUUCAAGCUUGCCAUUCUCUCCAUCGGCCUAUGCCUCACUACCUUUGUCAUCGCACUCGACAACACAAUCAUCGCCACAGCCAUCCCAAAAAUCACCACCGUCUUCAACAGUCUCGAGGAUGUUGGGUGGUACGGCUCUUCGUACCUCCUGACAACAACCUCGCUCCAACCGUCCUUUGGCAAAAUCUACACCUACUUCGAUGUCAAAUACACGUAUCUUGGUGCACUGGUUAUCUUCGAAGUUGGCUCCAUUAUCUGCGCCGCCGCAACGAGCUCGCCCAUGUUUAUUAUUGGAAGAGCAGUUGCGGGUGCUGGUGCAGCGGCACUGUACUCGGGUGGUAUGACAAUUAUCGGUUUCUCGGUGCCCCUGAGGAAGAGAGCCAUCUACAUUGCGGCUUUGUCUUCCAUGUUCGGUAUUGCUAGUGUGGUUGGUCCCAUCCUCGGAGGUGCCUUUACCGAUCGUCUCUCUUGGAGGUGGUGCUUCUGGAUCAAUCUGCCAUUUGGAGGUGUCUCGCUCGCCGUCGUAUUCUUCUUCUUUUCCAACCCUGAACGGAAAUACUCACACAUUCCUGUCAAAGAACGACUCAAGAACAUCGAUAUUGCUGGCGCCGUGUUCCUCAUCUGUUCCAUUGUUUGUCUGCUGCUGGCACUGCAAUGGGGUGGCUUUACCUACGCUUGGAGCAACUCCAAAGUAUGGGGUACCCUGCUCGGAUUCGGUUUACUCAUCAGCGUUUUCAUCUUCUUGCAGAUCAGACAGGGUGAACGUGCUACGCUGCCCGUGCGUGUCUUUACUCAGCGUACGGUACUAGUCAGUAGCUUGUACUCGACGUUGCUAUCCAUGGCUUUGUAUACACACAUCUUCUACCUGCCCUUCUACUUCCAAGCCAUCAAAGGUACCACGGCCGAAGAAUCCGGUAUCCGCACCAUUGCCUACCUCGUCAGCAUCACCUGCUCCUCCAUCGUCAUUGGCGCCCUCAUCACCGUCGUCGGCUGGUACGCCCCCUUCAUGUGGUUCGGCAGCGCCGUCUUCGCCAUCGGUGCAGGCCUGUUGUACACACUCAAAGUCAGGUCUCCCGCCGGCCAAUGGAUCGGGUACCAAAUCCUCGCUGGUAUCGGCGCCGGAGCAGGCGUCCAGAUUCCGUUUGUCGCCGUGCAAGUCGUGUCAAGCGAGAAGGAUAUGCCGACUGCCAACGCAUGCGUCAUGUUCUUCAAUUCGCUCGGUGGUGCGCUGUCCAUUUCCAUUGCGCAGAAUAUCUUUGUCAAUACCCUGGCUCAAGAAAUUCCAAAGUACGCGCCUGGACUUGAUGGACGGAUGGUUGCGCACGCCGGAGCUACAAAUUUGAGGAACGUAGUGCCCAAGGAGUUGUUGGCAGGCGUGUUGCGUGGAUACAACAACUCGAUUGUUACGGCGUUUAUUCUGGCCAUUGCAACGAGUUGCAUUGCUUUCUUCGUGAGCUUGGGCAUGGAGCAAAAGAGCGUCAAGGGCAAGAAGAUUAUGGCUACAGGAGGAGCAUAA